AUGUCGACCUCCACGCUUACGAUUCCGUCAGAUUCCAAUCUAACGGGCCAGGAAAUUGCCGACAUCGCCUACAGUUACUCUGGAAUCAAGCCUACCAACGUUGGGCAAGCCUCUGAGGUGUUGAUAUAUGUCUUCCUCAUCGUCUGCACCGCCAUCAUCUGCUUGAGGAUUUGGGUACGGACGUUCAGAGCAGAGAGCAAACUGAAGUGGGGACUUCCUGACUACCUUGCGGUCAUUGGAUUUCUACCGUAUAUUCCCGCCGCCGUGUUUGGGAUCUUGGCUGCGCACUAUGGCAUCGGCGCGACGGAUGAUCACCUUAACUCGAUCGAGGGAGGCGAAUUCAUAAAAAUCCGAGGAAUGGAAUACCUGAUGUACUACGAAUUAACAUACUUUUCCGCCUCGACUAUCACGAAGUAUGCCAUCGCGGCCACCAUCCUUACGAUCUGUACCGAGAAGCGCUUCAUCUACCCCAUAUGGGCGGUUAUGAUUCUCAUGGCCGUCGCGGCCGCCGCGUGUCUCGUUACCCUGUUUGUAAACUGUGUGCCAUUCUCGGCAUACUGGAACAUCAAGCUUGGUAAAUGCAAGUCUGCCAACGGAUUUUUGAUUCUGAGCUAUGUCGGAACCUCUGCUCAGAUUCUCGUCGACUGGACUUGUGCCAUCAUGCCAUUCUUCAUCGUCUACAGGCUGCAAAUGCCAAGGAGAGCCAAGAUCUCCGUUGUUGGCGUCUUGGGUCUGGGUGUGUUGGCUAGUGUCGCCGCUCUCAUGCGAAUCAUCAGCUACCAAUACAUCGACACAAGGAGAUAUCCAGACAACCACAUGCUUGCGGAAGGCCGGCUCCUUCUGUGGUCUAUUUUGGAAUCUAGCUUCGCCAUCAUCGCCUGCUCCUUGCCAUCGUUGAAGAAGCUGUUCACGAGCUGCAUAGGAAGAUCCUUUAACCGGUCAGGAGAUGCAUCAAGAUCUAAACGAACAUACGGCAACCAAACUCCUCUUCAGUCUCUGCCCGGAAUCCACACGACGUCAGUAACUGGGAACAAAUGGGAUAGGCUGCACGACGACAUGGACGACUCCAGCACUCACCAGAUCAUGAGGCGGACGGACAUUCACAUCGAAACCGAUAGCAACCAAUCCUUCACCAAGACUGGUGCUAUGGUUUGA